AUGGAGAUCACCUUGGCACAAGAUAUCAUGUCACUAUGCCUGAGCCAGACGCAGGAAAUGGCCAAGGCGGAGGCUCGACGCCAACAGCGCGCUGAGCGGCUGAGCCAGUUGCUUCUCUCGGUGCUUGGUCGGCCGCAGGUCGCCUGUGAGAUCGCUCGCUUCAGUGGCUUGUUCGGUGCCCAAAGCCUCGCGCAGAGCUCCACGAAGCACGGGCAACAUCUGCGAAGCUCCAUGCUGCUGCUGCGGCAGGCGGCCUUGCCCGAGAUCUACAUCUGCGGGGGCCAAGCCAACCGACAAACAGUGGCACAGGUGGAACGAUAUGUUCACGCAGAAGGUCAGUGGGAAGUGUUGCCAGCGAUGCCAACUGCCAGGAGUUUCUGUUGCACCGCCAGCCUUGGUGGCAAGAUCUAUGUCGUGGGAGGUGAGAAGGACCAACGCGCUGCCUUCGCGGCCUGCGAGUGCUACGACCCGGUCUCGGGCGACUGGACGCGGCUGCCGCCGAUGCCCACUGCGCGGGCGGGGGCGGCCUGCGCGGUGGCGGAGAAGAAGUUGGUGGUUUGCGGUGGCUUGGUCAUGGCCUGGCAAGUGCUCGAUGUCGUUGAAGCUUUCGACCCUGAAAUGAGGAAGUGGCGGCGCUUGCCACCCAUGCCCACUCCACGCUGCGGCUGCUGUGCUGUGGGCACCCAGAAAUCCGUGGUGGUUCUGGCGGGGCAAUUGGCCAACGGCACUGUCUUGGAUAAGGUCGAAAUCUUGGAUCUCCAGUUACUGCUCUGGGACCGGCUUUCCCCAAUGCCCUCGGCCCGCUCCGGUGCUGCUGCGGCCGUCUGUCGAAGCAAUGGCCGCAGCAUGAUCUAUGUCUUGGGUGGUUUGGGCAGCAAUGGCCUCACCGUGCCCGUGGUGGACCGAUUCUCCUUGGAGGACAACACGUGGCUGCCGCCCUUCGCCACCGGUUUCAGCCGCGCCGGCUGCGCCUGCAUCACGCUGGGGCAGAUGAUCCAUCUGCUGGGCGGCUUCGAUGGCGAUCGCCAGGACAGUGAUCUCCACGAGGUGCUGAACACGCAGACGGGUCACAUUGGCACUGCGCCUGCCAAGUCCCCGGAGGCUCUGCUCUGGCGCUGCCUGCGCGCGGUGAAAAAAUUCCACGGCCGUGGGAACCCCACGGGGUUUGAACCGCGAGGGGUGUUGAGCGACCCACUGGCCUGCCAUCAGGACAACUUGUUCGGAGACUGGGCAUGUAUCAGGACUGUCCUGCAAGAAGGACAAGGUUUCGGCUGCCUGACUGAGGGGAGCGAGGUGGAGAUUUCCAUUCGAGCAGCGGCGGAGGAUGGACGCACCCUCGAAGAGCGCCGCAGCACGCCCUACAAAAUUGGUUCCGGAACACUCGGUGAUCUGUCGCGAGUCGCCGACAAAGCCCUGGAGGAUAUGAAAAAGUUGAAUCAAUGGUGUUUGCCGAGGACGCGUACGGAGAUCGAUCUGACCGAUUCCAUCGAGAGCAUCUCCUCUGAACCCUUGGUCACCGCCGUUCGAGUCGCCACCCCCGCACGUGCCGGCGCGGCAAACACCGCAGCGUCGCCGUUGACCGAGGUGGUCUUCAUCCCGGACUCCGAUGAAGAAGUGCCGAAAUCCACCUCGCGCCGCAAGGGCGUCUUGCGCAUCUCGGCCGGGCGCGCGGCGGCGGUGGCCGGGAUCCAUCCCUAUGCAGAGGUGGGGGAGAUCUUCCUGGAGCUCUUGUACCAGGACCUGCCCGAGCUGUUGUUGGAAGAUGCCAAGUUGGCUGGCGUCGAGGUGAUUUCCCCUGAAGUGGAACGAGAACGACUCAUAGAGAAGAGUGGCGAGGCCGCAGCCUUAAAGGCCGCCCUGAGCUCCGCGCAGCGAGCGCAGAACGUGGAGGCCGCGCAGGAGGCGCAGAAGACGCUGCGGGAGUUGGUGGCCAAGUCGAAGGCGGAGGGAAAGGUGAACGACCAGGAGGCUGAAGAGUUGCAACAAACCCUGCAGCUGGAGGUGAACCUAGACUUUGGAGCGCGACACGAGGAUUCCGCCAUCGAACGCUACCAAAAGAAAGUGGGUGCAGAUGUUUACGGCCAGCAGAAGCGUGUCUUCCUGCCGAUGCCCGCAGAAGGUCCCAACUUCGCGCUGUGCCAAGCCUUUCCACCGCCUGCCAGCGCUGCCGCGCUGCCGCGCGACCAGGCGCCCGCGGCGCCCGCGACCGACCAAGGUGCCAAGCCACUGUUCUACCUCACCGGCUACGUUGACGGCCUGGUGGAUGUGCCACGCAACAGCCCGGGUCCAGGCGCUGGAUCUUCAGCUCCUGUCGCUGUCCCAGAUGAGACGCUGGUGGUGGAGGUGAAACACCGCAUGGGUCGAAUCAAAGACCCCCCUGAGAUCUACGACAUCGUGCAGCUCUGCAGCUAUUGUCGGGCCUUGGGCUGUCUUCGCGGUGAUUUGGUGCAGUGCUUGCGGCAGGGGACAACUGGAGAUGUGCUGCAUGUGAAGCGCAUCGACUUCUCAGAGGGCAGCCCAGAUCGCAUCGGCUUUGAUCAACAUGUGCUGCCCAACCUCUACGCCGCGGCGCAGGGCGUUUACGCUGCGCGUCACGACCAAGCGUGGCGGGUGAAGUUGCUACAGGCGGCGCCGGAGGAACGUUUGCCGGGGAAGAUCCGAUCGGAUCACAUGUGGCCAACUGUGCAACUUUUCUCCCAUGCACUCAAAGACCGAAAGGUGGACGAUUUGAAAGGAAGCCUGGUGGAACUGAGGUGUGAGCCUCAAUACGCCUACGGCAACACCUCCCAUGGCGAGGUCACCAUUCGCCUGGAAGUGCACGAAGUCUACAUGGAAGAGGACGUGACCCCAGAGAAGACUGGGGAAGUCAAGAAGAAACAGAUCAAGGAGGGCAUUGGCAAUGAUUCGCCACGUGAUACAGCUCAAGUGAAUCUCACGGUUGAGGUGGUGCGCGACAGUGGCGGUGCAGUCAUCACCUGCGUAGGUGGUCCCAGUGAAAUUACCUUCCGAGCAGGCGAUGGCCAGGUUUGUGACGCCUUGGAACUGGCAGUGUUGCGGAUGAACCAAGGUGAACGUGCAAUGAUCUACUGCAACAAGCCUUCCAUGUGUACCGAUCCAGGCCUCAAGCUCUCACUGACGGAGGGCGAGGCGAUCUUUACCAUUGAGCUGACCAGCUUCCAGAACCCUCGCAACACCUAUGACAUGCCCGAAGCAGACAAGUUGAAGCAUGCCAUGGAGCGCAAGGAGACCGGGUCGCGCCUCUUCCGAGAGCAGAGGUACUUCCUGGCGCUGCAGAGAUAUCGUGGCGUUUUGGACUUCUUCUCCUUCUGCGAGAAUUUCAGCGAGGCUGGUGGCCUAGUCAUGGUGUCGGAAGAGACGGAUUUGGAUGUGGUGAAGCAAUGCAUCGAAAUGAUCGAGCAAGAAGCGUUGUCAUUGAUGGGCGGAGCCCCAAGCCUUGAAGAAGGGAAGUUUGAGGAGGCCGAGGCCGAUGGACUCAUCAAGGCGGGAACGUGGUCACUUGAUUCCGUUCGGGAAAAGGAAGAUGUACGCGCCGAGGCCAAGCGCACAGGAGUGCUGUCAACCCUGGGUGGCAUUGAUGCAGUUCCCAAGAGUAGCCCAAAGAACCUUCAAGACAAGUUGUCUCUGAUCACCAAAGGCAUGCAUCUUCUCUCCGAGCAGAUUCAGGUGAAGACCGAAGAACUGAAACACGUGGAGGCCACCACCAGCGGCGACUCCGUCGAUCCGGCAGUCAGCAGCGAGCCCGUGACGACUGGAGCCGGCAGUCACAAGAUCCGCUACGAGCCGCCGGAGAGUCCCCAGCUGCUGCCGCCUACCCCAGAUCCGCCGACACUUGGUGCGGGCCACGCGGUGCGGAUGCCUGUGGCGGGUACGGCGCAGCUGCCGCAGCUGCCGGAGCCGGGGAAAAGUCACAGGGAUUGGACGCCUGAGACCUCACCGCAAUCGCAGCCACAGGAAGCCCCGUUGACCACCGCAGCGGGAGCCACUGGAGCCACGGGAGCCACGGGAGCCACGCUCUACGCAGAGACCUUGGCGCGACUGGCGCAGUCCCACGAGGAUAUGAAACAUCGCAUUUUGACCCUGGAGGCAGAGAACAAACGGCUUCAGGAGGAAGCCACGGUACGAUCCUUGGAGGAACGCAACCGCAUGACCCAGAUCCAGACCCUGCUGCGCGACGGCAGCCGCGACACCAACCUCUCCACGGUGCCAUCCUUCACCGCUCGGAAGAUGCCGCAGAGCGCCCGGUCCUCCAAGUUGAAAUCCCGCCCAGAUCCCCCACGCAGCAGCACCCCCGAACCCCCCUGGCACAGCACCAGUUACAACCGCCCUCCUUGGCAGCCCACCAUCCCAGCAGCUCCCAGCAGCAGGGCCACCAGAGCUGCCAGCUCUGGAAGAACGACCCCGCCGAAAGCGGCUGCCAGCUCUGGUCGCACCACACCGCCCAAGGCUCCCCGGCCCAAAGGCGCCGACAGCGUCCCUGCGCCUGCGCCUGCUGUGCCUGCUGCGCCAGCACGGCAAGCCGCAGCACGGGCGAGCACGAUGUCAUCGUCCUUGAGGUCCAGCGCCAGUUUGACACAAUCGAUACGAUCCAGCACUUCGCAGGUGCAGGCCCCUCGGAACUUGAGCCGUACCUCGUCCCCCUCGCGGGGCGGCGCGUCCUCGCCCAGCCGGGGCCGCACGUUGUCGCCGCGGGGCGGAGCCACAAGCAGCGGCACCCUUCAAAGGUCGUCGACUCCCGCAGCGCCCAGCUCCAGGCCUAGUUCUCCACGGAAGUUCAACGAGAAGGAACUGCCCUUGGGUUGGCGGCAGAUGGUGGCCGAUGCCUAUUGCAAGGAGACGGGGCGUCCCUUUGUGGAUCGAAUUCAACUGCUUGAUUUCACCAGUACUAAGAAGAGCGAUGGCAGCAUCUAUUGGGUGAAUGCCCGUUUGCGCUGGGCUGACCUACGCAUUACGGACGAGGGGCGAGUGCCGAAGCGGGGCGAGGUGUUGGCGCUCUUCGUCUUGCAGGCCACCCCAAGUCCUUCUGCUCAGCGGCAGAGUGCUGACGCAUGGCAGCUGAAGUGGUCGAAGCUGGGCGUCCACAAGUUCAACCCCAUGCUCUUUGCGCUGAUCCGUGAGUGCUGCGCAGGGCCUGUACUUCUGGCUCUCGCCGUAGCUUUCGAUGGACGAGUGGUGCCAUACCGGGGCGAUUGGCCGCUGAUCUUUGUUAUGGGUCUUUGUGUGGUUAUGAACCAAGCCCUGUUCAUCAUUGGUGACAAACUGGCAGGACCCAUCAUCAGCAGCGCCUGGCAGUGCUCGCAGCCCAUCAUGGCAUUGAUGAUCAGCGUGGCCUUGGGCUGGGAGAAGAUCACCAACGGCAAGUUCUCGGGCAUUCUUCUGUCGGUGGUUGGGGGUGGCUUCCUCGUUUGUUAUGGUCAAAGCCUUCAAAGUUCAGAAGCCAUCGGAAAUUUGCUGUUGGCCGUCAACUGUUUAGCCACUGCGCUCUAUGUGAUUUUCUCCAAGAUCGCUUUGCAGCGUUACCCACCGUUGACGAUCACCGCUUGGGCCGCGAUGGUGGCGUGUGUCAUCAUGGCUGUGGUUGCGACAUCUGUCAAUUCUCAUUGCGGAUUCGUGAACUUUGUUUGCCCCGAAGAUCCCAAUGAAGCCAUGUUCCGGUGCCACAGCUAUCGGAACUCCUGUGCACCCUGGGAGGUACCUGACACCGCCAUUCUUCCCUUGGCCUAUUGGAUUGGAUGUACCUCCAUCACAGGACAUUUUCUCAUCACCUGGGCCAACCGUCACGCGCGUGCGGGCUACAUCUUGGCCUAUGCCGCUAUCCAACCCUUCACCAGCACCAUGGUUACGGUGAUUCUGAUCCUUUGUGGCGUUCAUGGCUUAAGGAUGCCUGGGUGGAACGCCUUGGGGAUCGUCGGGAUCUUGAUGGGCCUGUUCCUACUGGUGCUGGAUGGCAAGAAACAGCAUGAGGAAUGGCUGAGCAAUGGCCGCCGAGCUGCUCCAAAGGGACGGUCGACGCGGACCAACAAUGGCAGCAGAGCAAAGAGCCCCAGCCUUCGACGCGAAGCGAUCACAUGGCAGGUGGCUUCCAUGCGCGUCUUGCGGAACUUGCCCUUCCAUGAGCAGUACAGCACGGUGUUGAUGGCCAACAUCGGCACUCAGCUGCUGCACGUGGCCUUGCAGAUGGAGAUGCCCAGGCGUGUGACGCACCUAGUUCGUCCCCCAAGCUGGGCCGGGGCGGCCGGAGCCAUUCCACUGGGCUCUAUCGGUCUCUGA